UUCAACCCAAAGGCAGCAACUUUCUUGAUACUCAAAAGCAGAAGGGCAAAAUAUCAAAUUUGGUGCCCGUGAUCACCGAAAUUUGGUGCCCGUCAUUCAACUUCAGAGUUCAGACAAAGGGGCACAGAAUAAUUUCUUCAGUGCUCAGGAUCUGGUAAUUUGAAGCACAACCGAGAGCUCUGGGUUGAUAACAAAUUGAGAUUUCCCUGAGGAACCUGCAAGAAUGAAUUUUCCGGUCACACUCUGAUUGAUUGGUCCUGAAGAGAGCCAUGCGAGGCCGAGGCGCGUUUCAUCUGCUGCAGAGUUGGGCCAACUUGUCACAUACCAUGGCCCAAUAGCCGAAAGGCCCAUCUCAGCAAUCUGGAACAUAUAAAGCCCGCACACAUCCUGCCAAUCUUUCCCAUCGCCCGCGCUCUCCCAACUAACCAGGACAACGGCAAGGUUCGGAAAGAAAGAAGCAGAACAAGAAACCAAGAAAAUGGCCGCCGUCCGGGGCGGCGUCUGCUCCGGCGGCAGCACCAACACGCGCCACGCCGCCCACCUCUUCCCGCUCCCCUGCAUCGGCGAGCCCGCGGCCGCCUCUUGCUUCUCGCCGGGCUCCUCCGUGGCCCGCUCCAAGGCCUUGCGGGCUGCAGCGUGCUACACCUCCGACGCCAAGACGGUGCCCGAGGUCGAGGCCUCCGCGGGGAAGAACAGGAAUAUGCCGAUCGCAAUUUCCGCCACGAGAGGACGCGGCGAGCGCUAUGGCAGCCGUCAGGCCUCCUCGUACGGCGCCGUCCCGCUCACCCACCGCCGUCCCGCCUCGUCGUCCCUGGGCACCCGCGGCGGCGGCGGCUACCACGAGCCCCAUGGAGGCGAUGCCGCCUUCUCAUCCAUCACGCGGCGACUGUUCCAGGAGUUUCUUGCUGGAGACAGAGUUGGUUCUGAUGUUUCUUGGCUCUUGGUCUGCCUUUGA